CGCCUAUUGGCGGAGGAGGCGCCCAGGCUGGCGACGAUUGGCCGGGGGAGGCGGCGGGGUAGGCUGCACGGGACGCCGAGAGGGGGCAGCAGGCGAUGGCGGCGGCGGCGGCGGCGGCGGGUCGGCUAGGCUGGUUGCUCGCUGCGUUCUGCCUGGGCAACGCCGCCGGGGAGGCGGCGCCGGGCCCGCGAGUGCUGGGUGUCUGUCUGGAGGAGGACAGGGCCGCGGGCGCGGGGUGGGCGAGCGGAGGGGAGGUGCGGGCCGCGCCGGAGGCCACCUUCCGCUUGCGCCUCUUCGGCUCGGGCUUCGCCAACAGCUCCUGGUCCUGGGUGGCCCCCGAGGGGGCGGGCUGCCCCGAGGGUGGGCCGGCCUUGGCGCCCGAGGCGGCGGCCCCCACGGGCGAGUGGCGCCCGGCCGCCGUGAGCGGGCGCUGGGCGUUGGCGCUGGCGCCGCGCGCGCUGGUCCUCAGCCGCCUGGCCGUGCUGCUCACUCUGCCCGUGGCGCUACCCGUGGGGCAGCUGCUGGAGCUGGCGGCGCGGCCCGGGCGGCUGCGUGAGCGCGUGCUGGAGCUGGCGCGCGGCGGCGGCGACCCCUACAGCGAUCUCAGCAAGGGCGUGCUGCGCUGCCGGACGGUGGAGGACGUGCUCACGCCGCUCGAGGACUGCUUCAUGCUGGACGCCAGCGCCGUGCUGGACUUCGGCGUGCUGGCCAGCAUCAUGCAGAGCGGCUACACGCGCAUCCCCGUGUACGAGGAGGAGCGCUCCAACAUCGUGGACAUGCUCUACCUCAAGGACUUGGCCUUCGUGGACCCCGAAGACUGCACGCCGCUCAGCACCAUCACCCGCUUCUACAAUCACCCACUCCACUUCGUCUUCAACGACACCAAGCUGGACGCCGUCCUGGAGGAGUUCAAGCGAGGGAAGUCUCACCUGGCCAUCGUGCAGAAGGUGAACAACGAGGGUGAAGGUGACCCCUUCUACGAGGUGCUGGGCCUGGUCACCCUGGAGGACGUCAUUGAGGAGAUCAUCAAGUCAGAGAUCCUGGACGAGUCUGAAGACUACCGAGACACCACGGUAAGGAAGAAGCACACUUCCCUGAGUGCCCCUCUCAGGCGGAAAGAGGAGUUCUCCUUGUUCAAGGCGUCUGACGAUGACUGCAAAGCGAAAAUCUCGCCCCAGCUGCUCUUGGCCACCCAGCGCUUCCUUUCCCGAGAGGUGGAUGUGUUCAGCCCACUGCGAAUCUCCGAGAAGGUCCUGCUGCACCUGCUGAAGCAUCCCAGCGUCAACCAGGAAGUGAGGUUUGACGAGAGCAGCCGCCUGGCUGCACACCAUUACCUGUACCAGCGCAGCCAGCCAGUGGACUAUUUCAUUCUCAUCCUGCAGGGCAGGGUUGAGGUGGAGAUCGGGAAAGAGGGCCUGAAGUUCGAGAACGGGGCCUUUACCUACUAUGGAGUGUCUGCCCUGACAGCACCGUCGUCGGUUCACCAGUCCCCAGUGUCCUCGCUCCAGUCCAUCCGCCAUGACCCGCAGCCUGAGCCAGCCGACGGCACCCGCUUGUCUGCGUAUUGUCCUGACUACACCGUGAGGGCCCUCUCUGACCUGCAGUUCAUUAAGGUCACGCGGCUGCAGUACCUCAAUGCACUCCUGGCCACCCGAGCCCAGAACCUGCCACAGUCCCCUGAGAACACGGACCUCCCGGUCAUUCCAGGCAGCCAGACCAGGCUCCUCAGUGACAAGACAGCCACAGCAGCAGGGUCCAACCACAGCAGACCGGGCCUCCCAGCCGAGGAGAGCCCUGGGCGGAACCCAGGAGUUUAACUGCUUGCCAGGAGCCCCAGGUCUGGGGAGUGGACAAGCACAUGGGGAGCUGGGGAGAGCCGAGGAGUCGCUUCCUGCCAGCCUGUCCCCUUCCCCUCCAGGCCACGUUUUAGAUGGCCCUUAUCGAUGCGGGUCCUGGGCUGUCCUCAGAACAGACUUCGGUGCCAAGAGCCUUCAGCAGGUCCUGCCCUCCUUUAGGAAACGGGGGUCAGCUGGGGCACAGCCCUGCAGGCCUGCUUCUGAGGGAAUGAAAGAGCAGUGUCAUCUCCAGUCCCUGGGCCCAGCCUUCUCCCUGUGACAGUGCGGUGUAUUUAUACCUCUUUGGGCCAAGCCAUGAUGUGAGUGCACGAUUACUGCCUUUAUGUGGCUGUGACCUGUACUCACUUUGCUUUUCAUUUGCCCACCUCCUGCUGCUGGCAGCACUCUUUGAGCAAACCAAGAGCACCAGUUUUGGCUGGGGGUUCAAAUCCAUGGCCUUGGCCACGGUGAACUGUUUGGCUUUCCUUACAUUGCUGUGUUUCAAGCACACGCCCUAGGCUGUCCCAUGUGCCAAACCUAGAAGCACGAUUACCCACAAGUCUGUCCCACUGGUACUGCUCCCUCCUGUGGAGGCUGCUUUUCUGCCCAUCCCAGAGCACUGAGCAAGCACGCUGGCCCCAGGGGGACUAAGGGGGCCUGCUCUUUCUGCUGUUCCUCUGCCUGCCUUGCCUGGUUGCCCCUGACAGUAUUGUCCUUCUCUGUGUUUUAAGAAGAGGUCACACGUGGGAGGAAGGGAUCUUUCUGCUGCACCUAAUGCUGUCUUCACUGCCGGGUCCCAGGGAGAGUCACUAUUAGACCAAUUUGGUUCCUUCCUCCUAGGCCUCUGUGGG